GGGCGGCGGCCAACUCGGUCGCAUGCUCAUCGAAGCUGCAAACCGCCUCAAUAUCCAAGUUAACGUGCUCGAUGCAGCAGCAUCACCAGCAAAGCAAAUAUCUGCCCACGACGGACACAUUGAAGGAUCAUUCAAGGAUGCAGCGGCUGUGAAGGCAUUGGCACAGGCUUCAGAUGUCGUCACCGUGGAGAUUGAGCACGUGGACACGCAUAUGCUGGAAGAGGUUGCGUCAGAGGUCAUUGUUGAGCCAAGCUGGAAGACACUUAGGACCAUCAAAGACAAAUAUGCGCAGAAGCAUUAUCUGAAAGAGCACGGAGUGGAUGUCGCAGACAGCAUUGACUUGGAAGGCAAGGGUGUCGACGGGCUGAAAGAGGUGGGCGCUACGUAUGGAUAUCCGUAUAUGCUGAAGAGCAAGACGGAGGCGUACGAUGGCCGGGGCAACUUUGUGGUCAAGAGCGAGGCCGACGUGGAGGCUGCAUUUGAGGCGCUUGGUCAGCGGCCACUCUACGCGGAACGCUGGGCGGACUUCAGAAUAGAGCUCGCGGUCAUGGUGGUCAAGACGAAGGACGGUGUUCUCACAUUCCCCACCGUGGAGACGGUGCAUGAGGACAGCAUAUGCAAGCUCACGUACGCGCCGCCGCGGAACGUAUCUGAGAAAACAGCACAGAGGGCACAAGAUCUUGCGAAGAAGGCCAUCGGCGCAUUCGAAGGCAAGGGCGUCUUCGGCGUCGAAAUGUUCCUCCUCAAGGACGACAGUCUGCUCAUCAACGAGAUUGCCCCCCGCCCACACAACUCAGGACACUACACAAUCGAAGCCUGCCCCAUCUCACAAUACGAUGCACACCUUCGCGCUAUCCUCGACUUGCCUAUCUCGCAAGCCAGCCUCCGUCUGCGCGAACCAUCCAUCAUGCUCAACAUCCUCGGCGGCCAAACGCCAGACUCUCACGUCCAAGUCGCAAACAAGGCCCUCGAAUCCCCUAACGCAAGCGUCCACCUCUACGGCAAAGGCGACGCCCGACCAGGCAGGAAGAUGGGCCACAUCACUGUGACAGCGCCCACGCUCGCAGCCGCAGAACGUGAAAUGCAACCCCUCAUCGACUUUGUCGACAGCCAAAAAGGAAAAGCCCCAGAACCGCGCAAAGAACUCGGUAGUAGCACAAAGGGCGAGCCUCUGGUCGCCGUCAUCAUGGGCUCCGACUCUGAUCUCCCCGUGCUCAAAGCCGGUCUUCAGAUCCUGGAGAAAUUGGACAUUCCCUUCACCACGCGGAUUACCUCUGCGCACCGAACGCCCGACUGGCUGCGCGAGUUCUCCAAGGCCGCAGCGUCUACUUCGUUGAAGGUCAUCAUUGGCGCCGCAGGAGGCGCCGCACAUCUCCCUGGUAUGUGCGCCUCGUGGACCACGCUGCCCGUCAUCGGUCUGCCCGUCAAGGCGACGCACAUGGAUGGAUGGGAUAGUCUAGUCAGCAUGACGCAGAUGCCGAGGGGCGAGCCGGUUGCUACUGUGGGCAUCAACAAUAGUACGAAUGCUGCGCUGCUGGCUGUGAGGAUUCUGGGCGCGAGUGAUUUGGCGGUUCGGGAGCGGUUGAGGGUGUGGAUGGAGGGGAAUGAAGUCGAGGUGCUGAGGAAGGAUAAGGCGUUGCUGGAGGAUGGGUGGGAGGUGUAUUUGCAGAGUAUGGGCAAGUAGAGAGGGUCAUGUGCACCUUGGGAGGGAUAGUGGUUUUCGCUAGUCGUUAUACUCCCAGUCUUUGCUAGUUAAAGUUUUUCUCAAUAGCUUUAGUUAAGAGUACUUCAAGAAGAAUU